AUGGCGCCGGGGGCGCGCCGCCGCCAAUCCGGCGAUCGCACCAUCGUGACGGCAGGCGGCGGGGCGGGGCCGGCCGGGGUGGGUGACGGCCUCCGCGCGCCGGGGCGCGCGCCCGCACUGCGGGCAGCCGCGCGCGCCAGUGCGGGGCGUCCCCGCGCGGAUUUCCGCGCGCAGCGGCGCGGGCAGGGCGCGGCGCGCGGCGCCGGCCGGCGGCGGGGCCGCGCGGGGAGCCGCGCGAGCGCGGCCGCGCGCUGUCUCUGGGGAGCGCGGAGCCACGUCAGCGGCGGGGGCGGCGGCCGCGUCAGCGCGCCGGGACCGCCCCACGCCAGGGCGGCCGCAGCAGCGCGGCGGCGUGGGCGCUCCCGGAGCCGUGAUCCGGUGAUCGGUUGUGCCCGCGGGCGGCGGAGGCGGCGUGUCUGCGCGUCCUUGCCUUUUCCCGGAGCGCAGGGGUGCGCCGCUGGCACCACGCAGUGCCCGGCGGUCCGGGAGCCGAGCGCGGCGCUCCCUCACGCUUGUGAGCCGUGGCCUUCAGACCGCGGCCACACGGGGUCUCCGGCCGGGGACCUCCGCGCAGAGCGAAGCCUUUCCCGGGCAGCCGGCGGCCCCGGGCCCUUGUGCCCGAGCACGGCGAAGCCUUCUCACAGGCCGCGAGCCGGGCCUCGGCUCGGGCUCUCCGCGGACAUCCCAAAACACCGCGUCUGGCCCUGCGCGCCCCCCAUCGCACUGAGCUGUUGUCCCAGCCACCAAGCUGCUCAAGUGUAACUUCAAGGCCAAGGCUUGAGAUGCCUGCCAGGAGGACCUCAUCCCUAUCCGUGGGUGUGAACAAGGUAACUGGAGCUGCUCAUGCUGUUUUCCCAGUCCAGGCAAGUCCAUUUCCAUCUCAGUGCUAGGCAGGACAGCAAAGGAGCUGCUGCCAUUUCUGGCCUGUGAAAUUCUCCCAAAGAUCCUCAUCUUUACAGUCUGGAGGUUCUUAAUUGAUGAGGAAGACUUUGGCAUGCAGCUCGUGGCAUCAAGCAAAGUCAUCUUUUCUUGAUUGGACUGUAAUGGAGAGCAUCAAGCAAACUAGCCACACCAUAGCCUGUUUCUGGUUUGUAGCUUAGCUUCCUGCCAGCUGCCAGCACGUUUCACUGAUCUACCACGCCACUCUGAACUUCUUAGAUGCUUCCACAUUUUGGGAUGUACAAAAUGGUUCUUUUUUCUCUGGCCAGUUCCCAGCUGUCUACUCCUGUCUCUGCAGCUCCAGACACAGAGAAGGCAGUUUGCCAGCUUAAUAGUGCAAGAUGCUCACUGAUAUAUUAGUGGCAGGGUGCUGAAGAAGAUAAAUGUAAAUAUUUAAGAACUGCUUUUUUCAGCCCAUUUGAUACUUUAAAUGAAGCAGAGGCCCUAGGGAGGAAAAAUAAAGAAAAAGGGUAUGUGAUCAUGAAAUUAAAGACUGGAUCAUAACGGAUAUGCACAGAAGGGUUGAAUUAAGGUUCUAUCCCAGCUUCUGAUAUUUCCUAACAUUUAAGGAAUACAGUGCAACCUUUACAAAAUUUCUAUCAUGUUUUGGCAGAAUCUGUUUCUUGACAUUGGUUUGGAGAGUGCUUAGCACUUUGUGAGUUCUGUCAUAAUGGAAAUAAGCAAUAGAAAUACACUUUCAUCUAUGCCACAUACACACAUACACACCCUGCAACUAUUGCAACAUGCUCUUUUCACAGCUUUUCUGAAGCUACUGAGUGUUCUUUAUGGUAACUGGAAAGAUUCAAGAGUUCAAAGGAGAAAAAUUAGAGUUACUUGAUUUUAAAAAAAUUUGCUCUAGUCUUGGGGUCUGAAUUACUAUAUAUUUGCUUAUGAAAAUAAAUACACUACAUAUUCAGCAUGGAUAUUUUUUUUUCCUGUUAGAGAGAGUUAUAGGAUUUUUAUGUGGUAUCUUAUUAAAGUCUUUCAGUGUAGAAAAGUGUUAGGUCUCUCCUCUUCCUGUUUCAGUGUCAAGUCUAGAUAAUUUUUUGCAUUGUUUGUCAUUGACCUAAUCAAGAAAUAACAGCUGGGAAGUAAUUGGUAUUUGUUUCCAAAAAGUAGUAUAUAUGCCUUAGAUUGGCAUAACCUGUAAGCUGAAGAGUACUUGUUGCAAUACAUAAAAUACAACAACAAUCCAUUCUAUGUAGAGUUUAGUUUUAGUAUAGGUUGAUGUUAUUAAAAUGACACAGUAUUUUCAUCAUUUACCAAGUAUUUGAAAAUGUAUAGGAAGAGGUUUCCUCUUUUAUUUUUACUUUAUGCAGAAGAAAGCUUUCCAUGGGAUGCUUAAAACAUUUUUCAAUGUUUUAG